AUGCCGUCUGAGCCGCCUUCCACAGAGCCCCUAAUCUACGAAAAUCGCCUGCAAGCAACGUCGACCGAGUCCUUGCAUACGCAGUUCACACCCCAACAGACCGAUCCGCCCGAAGAGACACUCGCCAAAGCCUCGGAAGGAUCGCGCAUCCUUGACACAUGGUUCUACGAGAUCCUGGCGACGAUCUUCAGCAUCGGCUGCUUUGUCGCAAUCGUCGCAAUUCUGAUGGUGUACGAUGGGAAACCCACACCGACGUUCACAUACAGCCUCACACUCAACACGUUGAUCUCAAUACUUGCCACAGAAUCCAAGGCAUCGCUUUUGUUCAUGAUCGGAGAAUGCACGGGUCAACUAAAAUGGCUCUGGUUCUAUAACGGAGAGGAGAAAAGACGACUUGAUGGAAUGCAACUCUUUGACAGCGCGAGCCGAGGACCCCUCGGAGCGCUAUGGGUCCUUUUUCGGCACAAAGGGCGGUCGCUCGUCAGCCUGGGGGCACUGGUCAUGGUCCUUUCGACACCGUACAACGCCUUUGUGCAGCAAGUCUUAACAUACCCGAUCCGGAACACGGUUGUCGCGACGAAUUCGAGCCAGGCGCCUGCCCGUCGUGCAGUCUCGCUGCUCCUCUCGCUCCUCUGA